UUUAAAUUUUCUAAAAUAAAUAAUGAAAUCUUUAAAAAAAAAAAAAAGAUAAUAUAAAAUCCAGGUCACAAGCUUGACAUCCAUCUCAUUGAGGCCAAACCACAAACACCUUGAGGGCAAUCUUUACAACUCAUUCAGGCAAAACAACAAACACAUUGAGGACACGCGAGCAAUGGCCACCGCCGGCGCCGCGCUGGCGCUGGUCGCCGCUAUGAUGGUCUUUGCCCAGGCAGAGGCAAGCUUAGCAGCGGAAUUCCUAGUCCCGCACAAUGCUGCGCGCGCGGCGCUCGGGCUCCGGCCGCUGGUUUGGGACCCGACGCUGGCGAGUUACGCGGCGAGAUACGCGGCGCGGCGGAGGAAGGACUGCGCGCUGGUGCAUUCGAAUGGGCCGUACGGGGAGAACAUAUUCUGGGGAGGAGGUGGAGGGUGGAGAGCGGCGCAGGCGGUGGCGGCGUGGGUUGGGGAGCGGAGAUGGUACCGGCACUCGGACAAUAGCUGCGCGUGGGGGCAGGAGUGCGGGCAUUACACGCAGAUCAUAUGGAGGAGCACGCGGAGGUUGGGGUGCGCGAUGGUGGCGUGCGCUGCUGGGAGAGGAGUGUUCAUCACUUGCAACUAUGAUCCUCCUGGAAAUUAUAUUGGAGAGAGGCCUUAUUGA